CUUUUGUGACAAAAUCAUAAAACAUUCAAAAUUAAAUCAAAUUUCAAAAUGAAUUCUCACUCAUUUUUCUCUGCUUUCUUUGUUAUAAUUUCACUUGGUUUGAUCUCAUCAGUUUGUUGCCAAGACUUGAAUCGUGACUACUAUGACUAUAGUUGCAAUGAUUUUGAAGAAAUUAUUGCCAAGAAAGUUUGGGAGUGGUAUAAGAAGGAUGAAACCAUUGCUGCUAGCCUUAUAAGGUUGCAUUUCCACGAUUGCUCUGUUCGGGGAUGUGAUGCAUCAAUCUUGUUGGAUUACCCGGGAAGUGAAAGAAGGGCCAAUGCAAGCAAGACAUUGAGAGGCUUCGAAGUAAUUGAUGACAUCAAGGCAACACUUGAGAAGAAAUGCCCCAAAGUAGUGUCUUGUGCAGAUAUUCUUACUGCUGCUGCUAGAGAUGCCACCCUUUUAGUUAAAGGUCCAUUUUGGUCAAAUGAAUAUGGAAGGAAAGAUGGUCGAAUUUCGAUUGCCCAAGAAGCAGAACAACUUCCAAAAGGCCGAGAAGAUGUUACUUCCCUUAUUGAGUUUUAUCAAUCUAAAGGAUUGAGCUUGCUUGAUUUGGUUGUGCUUUCAGGAGCACACACCAUUGGAAGGAGUUCAUGUGUUGCCAUUCAAAAGCGGCUAGCCAACUGCAACAAGGAUGGAAAGCACCCUAUCAUGGCUCCUAGAUACUUGAACUACUUGAGAAGGAAAUGUAAGAACGGGACCGAGUAUGUGAACCUUGAUGCCAAAACACCAAGCACAUUCGAUAAUCAGUACUACAAAAAUAUUGAGAGCAACAUGGGUCUAUUAUACACAGAUCAAGUAUUAUACACUGAUCAUAGGACUUCUGAAUAUAUUGGUACUUUAGCCAAGGACGACGAUAGAAGCUUUCCUUAUUUGUUUUCAUCAUCCAUGGUAAAGCUUGGGAGUAUCUUAGGCGAAGCACAAGAUGAUGGAGAAGUUCGACUUCAUUGUAGCCGCGUCAACUCUGGUUAUUAAUAGUUAUCACUACAUAAUAUUCAACAUGUAUUAUCAUAGCAUCUUGAUCAUAACUUUUCAUCAAUUUUCUUUUGUUCGUCCUAUGAGCUCUUCCCAUUUAGAAUUUUGGAGAAGAGGGCUAAAAAAUUUCACUUAUAUAUAAUUUCGUGUUAACACUAUAAUUGUUUUGUUGUAUGCUACUAAUUGCAUGUUGGCUACUCAUCAGCUCCUCAUUAUACAAUUUCAUGCUGAAUAUUA